AUGUCUCAAUCAUGUUCGAUCGAGAAAUGCAUACGAAAAUCACGUGGACUCUGUGAUUGUUGUCAACAAAAUCUUUGUUUACAACAUUUAAAUGAACAUAAUGCUUCACUCAUUUCUCAACUGAAUCCUUUGACCGAUGAAACUAAUGCACUUGGAGAUCGUCUCAAAACAUUAAAUAUUCAAAAAACCAUUGGCAAUAGUCGACAAAAACUUGAACAAUGGCGCCAAGAUUGUUAUAAGAAGAUUGAUUGUUUAUUUGAACAAAAAUGUCAAGAACUUGAUCAACUUAUUAACGACAAAAUUGACCAACAACGAAGAGAAUUCAACUGCAUAAAUUCUAAGAUAAGUGAACUCAUCAAUUCACAAGAAACAACUCGUCAAGAUAUCGAUUCAUUGACAGCGACUAUUCAUCAGCUGAAAAGAAAUAUGAACGACAUUGAACAAACAUGUUUUAUUAUCAAUACUCGUCCAUUACGGAUAGAUGACACGUUCAUUUUAAUUAAAAACACGACUGAAAAAGAGCUUGACAUAUCAACUCUGUCGUCUGUCUAUAAAACAAUUCAUCGCCCAGAGGGAAGUUGUGUAUCACUAACCUGCAGUGAUCGAUACUUAUUGAUAUAUCAACGGCCUAAUUUAUGUCUCAUUGAUCGAGAGUUGAACAUAGCCAAACAAACGUUAUGGUCUUACGGUAUAAUUCAGGACAUGUGUUGGUCAUCAACAUUAGAUCGAUUUAUUGUGCUUGGGAAAAGUGAUAUCUUUCUCAUAAACGAACAUACAAUGUCAAUUGAUAAUGUGCAUACAAUUGAAGAACGAGACUGGGGAUCGUGUACAUAUUCUGAUACAGUUCUCUUUGCAAGCACAAAUGAAGGUGCUUCAUCUAUUAUGGAAUUCACAUUAUUUCCAGCAAUCGAAUUAAUUAGAGAAUGGAAAUAUCCUCUUACAUGUCGGAAAGAUGAAAAUAUCGAUGGGAUGGCUUACAAUAAUGGGAAUCUUGCUCUAAUAGUUAUGAAUGAUUCCAAAAAAUCGCUGCGCAUUGAACUGAGAUAUGGAAAGACACUUGAUCUUAUCUGGAGACUUCAACUUGAUAUUAUGUGUUCUCAUGAUAUACUAUUUCGCUGUUGUUCACUGACGUGUAAUGAAUGGCUCAUUAUUGAUUAUGAGACUGGAUACCUGCUUCAGAUUACAAACGACGGAAAAAUAAAGAAAACAAUUCAAUAUAGUCCAAGUCCCUACCGUGCUACUCUGUUCGAUCUAAAUAAGCUAGCGAUAUCGACUGGAAAGUAUAUAAAUCUGCAUACAAUUUAA